AGUAGCACACAACGGGUGUUUUACCAUCUCUGAACGAGGCGCCCGGGACGUCCGGGGAAGCGUGUGUGUAACGCAUGUUAUGUGCACAGUUGUAAAGUGCUCGAGUGCCUCUAAGCAUGAUCGAUCGGAGAUACCGUAUUCGCUGUCAAAACUCGUCCGAAAUGUAUUCGCGCGCAGUCGCGCGAUAACGAGUAGUUAACGAGUCCAAGCGGGGGAUCACUGAUAUCAUUGUUGUUGCACGUGUAAAAUUGUGCGUCAGUCGCAAUGGAACGCAAUGGUGUAUUAAUAUGGAAUUGCUAGACGCUAGGUGUUUCCACGAAAGCUUAGAACGAGAAAAAUUAACAGUGAAUCUGGAAUGAAGUGCGUCUGCGAGGUAUAUACGCGCCUAACGAAUCGAUAUUUUAAUGUUCAUAAUUGUAUACUAUCGUCAAAAUAUUUGACUCAUUGCUCUAGAAACAAGGAUAUAUUUCCUGAUGCAUCUAAUCCGACGCGACAUGUCCCGCGUCGUUUUCUUUUGGUGCUAAUUUCUAAAAUUCAUCAACGUUGAAAGUAUAACAUAAUGAAUUACAUAGACGGCGUGUCGCCAGUUGCCCAGUUGCAUCAUAUCACAAAUCUGGGUAUCAAGCUGUCACCCGGGGGUGGAGGACCGACCGGUGGCUCAACCGAUAUCGUUGCCAGUGUUCAACCGCCCCCGGGAGUCGAGGCGCCGUCUCACCACUUCCAUCAUCAGGGUUACCCACCGCAUCAUCCUCACACGGCCACCCACAUGGGCCCUCCGCACAUGGGGCAUCACAUGGGCCAUCAUUCGAGUUUCGCGGCGCGUGACUUCCUUAUGCGACGGGAACACGAGUUUAAUGCGACGGCAAGUCCUACCACCCCCGAGAGUGGAUUGAGCCUCUUCACAUCGCUGCAUCACGAUGGUGCCGCGACGAUGCAGCAAUUCCCGCAUCAUCCCGGCCAACAUUCACUGGCCGCCAGUCACUAUCCCGGGGCACCCUAUUCCCAGGAUACCAGGUUACCACCUCAUCAUCAUCAGUAUCUCGCUUCGCCGCAUUUGCCGCCAUCUUCGAUUCAACAUCCGCAACAUCCGGCGAUGCCUCAUCCGGGUCAUCAUUUCAUGAGGUACAUGAGGAACAGCGACGGACCUGUUGGCGGCCCUCCAAUCGGCGGCGGUCAACAUCAGGAAUAUUCGUGCAUGUGGCUAGAUCCGGACACUUCGGGCAGAAAGCUCUGUGGCAAGCUCUUCAACAGUCUCUCCGAUAUUGUGACGCAUUUGCAGGUGGAACACGUGGGCGGAGCCGAAAGCACAACGCACGCGUGCUUCUGGCAGGGUUGUUCGCGCAACGGCAAAGCCUUCAAGGCCAAGUACAAACUCGUCAAUCAUAUAAGGGUGCACACAGGAGAAAAACCCUUUCCGUGUGUACAUCCGGGCUGCGGCAAGGUUUUUGCCAGAUCAGAAAAUCUCAAGAUACAUAAGAGGACGCACACCGGCGAGAAGCCCUUUAAGUGCGAAUUUCCGGGCUGCGACAGAAGGUUUGCGAAUAGCAGCGAUCGGAAGAAACAUAGUCAUGUCCACACAUCGGACAAACCUUACGUUUGUCGGCAACCGAGCUGCGAUAAAUCCUAUACUCAUCCAAGUUCGCUACGUAAACAUAUGAAGAUACACGGUGUGACGAUCAGCGAAGGAAAAAUGGGGAUGUAUGAGAGCGAGGGCGAGGAAAGCAGCAGCAGCGUUUGCAGCGUAUCGGUAACGGAUCACACGGAAUCGCCUCAACCACCUCCCGUCCCGACGACAACGGCAACCAACCCACCACCGCUCACGAGUCACUCGUCGAUUCGCGGGGGAACAGAGUUGGCGGAAUGGUACGUAUGUCAAACGCCAACGAUCGGGCCUCAACCGGGGCCCCUACCGGGCCCACCACCCCCCCAUCAUCUUGGACAUCAUUUCAAUCAGCUAAUACAUCCUCAAGCGGCUGCCUAUUAACUGAAGAAUGAAUGUCGAAAUAGUCAAUAAAAUAGUAAACAAAUAUGUAGGCAGAGCUACGUCCAGAGCACGAGAUGAACUCGUUUCCGAGUACUUGUUUCCGAAACGUUUCCGUUCAAACGUUGGUUCAAUAAUCGGUAGGCUCUAGAUUUGAGUUCCGCAAAAGUAGGACGCCCAAAUUUUUGCUCGCCUCCGAAGGCUUUCAGAUUUUUGGCGCGAAGUGGAUUUCAGUGAAUUUGGAGAUGUGUAUGUUGGCUGUGUCUCGUUCCGUUUUUUAUGGUGGACCGUUCUUGCGAAUAAUGCACGAAUAUACGGCCAAGAAAAUAGCGAAACUAUAUAAAAGGGAAGAGAUCUAGGCAAAGGAAUAGAUGUGCGCUAAAUAAAAUGAUGCUUGUCUGAUAAUCGAGAGGAUUGAACUCGAUAUAGUCGCAGACAUUUUUCCUCGCUCGUGAAAAUCGAUAAUGAUGUCUUUUCCCAUCUUUAUCUCUUCUCAUAUUUCUUAAUACGAGAUAUAUGAUGAUGAUAUAAUAUGAGAUAUAUGAAACAAAAUGCCUUGCUGAAAAUGUUUUCACGAAAAUAAAUUCGAAUGACAAUCACCGAGUCAAAAUCGAAUGGUCUUUCGAGAAAAAAAUUUAGUUACUCGACAAUAGAUAAAAAAAGAAAAGGAUAACUAAAA